AUGGCAUCUCUGAUGAGAUUGGCGCUGCCCGUGCGCCUGUGGCCCCUUCUAGUCCUGAUGCUGUUUCGGUGUCCUAGUCUAACAUCGGGAGCCUCCAAAGACUUGGUGUGUGAGCCCAUAACGGUGCCCAUGUGUAAGGGGAUCGGCUACAACUUGACCUACAUGCCCAAUCAGUUCAACCACGACACGCAGGAGGAGGUCGGGCUGGAGGUGCACCAGUUCUGGCCCCUGGUCCGCAUCCGCUGCUCGCCGGACCUGCUCUUCUUCCUGUGCAGCAUGUACACCCCCAUCUGCCUGCCGGACUACCGCAAGCCCCUCCCGCCGUGCCGCUCCGUGUGCGAGCGGGCCAAGCGGGGCUGCUCCCCCCUCAUGAGCCAGUACGGCUUCGAGUGGCCCGAGAGGAUGAGCUGCGAGCGCCUCCCCCAGCUCGGCGACGAGACGCUGUGCAUGGACCAGAACAACAGCGAGACCACCACCCUGGCCCCGCUGUCCCCCAAGUCCACCCCCAGAGUCAAGACCAGACCCCUGGCCUCCUCGCAGUGCGACCGGGAGUGCCGCUGCCGGGACCCCCUGGUGCCCAUCAAGCGGGAGUCUCACUCCCUGUAUGGCCGAGUCCAGACCGGACCCCUGGUCAACUGCGCCCAGCCCUGUCACAUGCCCUACUUUUCGGCGGACGAGCGGGCCUUCACGGGCUUCUGGGUGGGACUCUGGUCCGUGCUGUGUUUCGUCUCCACCCUGACCACCGUCGCCACCUUCCUGAUCGACAUGGAGCGCUUCAAGUACCCGGAGAGGCCCAUCAUCUUCCUGGCCGCCUGCUACCUCUUCGUGUCUUUGGGCUACAUCGUCCGGCUGGUGGCCGGACACGAGCGGGUGGCGUGCGGCCCCGGCGACGCUGGCGGCGGUCAGCUGCACGUCCUCUACGACGCCACGGGCCCGGCCCUCUGCACCCUGGUCUUCCUGCUGGUGUACUUCUUCGGGAUGGCCAGCUCCAUCUGGUGGGUGGUGCUGUCCUUCACCUGGUUCCUGGCCGCCGGGAUGAAGUGGGGCAGCGAGGCCAUCGCCGGGUACUCGCAGUACUUCCACCUGGCCGCGUGGCUCAUCCCCAGCGUCAAGUCCAUCGCCGUCCUCGCCCUCAGCUCGGUGGACGGCGACCCCGUGGCCGGGAUCUGCUACGUGGGGAACCAGAGCCUGGAGAACCUGCGGGGCUUUGUGCUCGCGCCUCUCGUGGUCUACCUCUUCACCGGUUCGCUGUUCCUACUGGCCGGUUUCGUGUCCCUGUUCCGCAUCCGGAGCAUCAUCAAACAAGGCGGAACCAAAACGGACAAGCUGGAGCGGCUGAUGAUCCGGAUCGGACUCUUCACGGUGCUGUACACGGUCCCGGCCACCAUCGUGGUGGCCUGCCUGGUGUACGAGCAGCACUACCGGCCCGGGUGGGAGCGCGCCUUGGCCUGCUCCUGCCCGCCCGAGCGCUCCCACCUGGGCCCGGACUACGCCGUGUUCAUGCUCAAAUACUUCAUGUGCCUGGUGGUGGGCAUCACGUCCGGGGUCUGGAUCUGGUCCGGGAAAACCCUGGAGUCCUGGAGGAGGUUCGGGGCUCGGUGCUGCCCCUGCUGGCCGCGGAAAGCCAAUGUGCCACCCUCCAUGUACAGCGAGGCCAGCACAGCUUUGACCGGGCACACCGGAAGUGGGCUGACCUCAGGGAUCUACCAUAAAGCGCCCCCAUCCCAUAUAUGA